AUGACAAAAGACAACCGUUUUCUCGACGAAUUCAGACUUUAUGGCCUUCGUCCUGCUCCUCGUGGUGCAUACGGAAUCACCGUUACUUUCGAUAUCAACGAAGAGGGAGUGCUGACAGUAACAGCAGUCGAUGACAAAACUGGGAACAUGGGUGACGUCACUAUCACCAACUUCAACCAGUACUUGUCAAAGGACGAGAUUCUGAGACUGCAAGAAAACGAAGAAAGGUACAAGCGAGAGAAACACGAAUCAUCCCAGACUCAGAAUGCGAGACAUACUCUGGAGAGCUUCUGUUUCGAGAAAUUGAGAGAAUUUAAAUCCAAUGUGAGUCAAAAUUUUGAUACACUUGUUUUACUUUUUAACUUUUAAAACUCGAGGUAUUUGGUAGUGCAAUAUAUAGACAUUGUGGACUUAUGUUUGUGUGAUUUUAGAUGCUGGAAGGCCAUUCCGAUAAAGAAUUUAUAAUUGAGAAAUGCCUGGAAACCAUCGAUUGGAUUGAUAAAAAUCCUUUGGCUCCAAGGUCGGACUUCGAGAACCAAUUGAAAGAGAUGGAAGAACUUUGUGAAUGUUUCAUGUCCAACGUCAUUGUCCUUUAA